AUGCAAGGCUUAAAGUUAUUUAAGAAGAAAAGGUAAACAUUUUUAUUGUAUUUUUUAUAAAAUAUUAAUAUAGAAAUUAAGACCCCAUUUAUUAUAAAGCAUUGGCUUAGAUCUUAAACUACUGGGAUGAAGAAAAAGAAAGAUAAGAAGCCUAAAAAUUUGUUAAAAAGAAAUGUGAAAGAAGGAUCUCCUGUUGAAGAAGAAUAUAUCGUGGAAUUCCUUUAAGAUAUUUAAUAAAGACUUGAUAUAUUUAGCGAUGUUAAAAAUCUUAUUUAGUAUUUAAUUUAUUAUGAUUUAUUAAGUGAGGCGGAAGAACUUAAUAGAGAAAUGAAGCUCUAUGGUGAAGAAGUUAAUACUAAAGUUAAAUCACUUAAAUAAAUUAUAUUUGAGGAAUAAAAUAUCUAAUUAUAUGAAAUAUAUCCUCAUAUAAAAGAGUUUGAUAAAAAUAAUAUGAAAGCGUUUGAUAUCUUUUUAUGUAAUUUUGAUCAUGUUUUAUGA